CAGGCGCUUGCGAUGCACUGAAAGGUAGUUCGGUGUUCACUGCUUCUAGCCAAGAGUUUAAUGUAUAAAUUCUACUUUCGGGGGCUUAUCUGGCACUUUCUGCUGACAAGAAGAGCAACCACGGCGGAUCUGUGUCCGCGGGGCACCAACAAUCACUGUGUCUUUCCAAACGGCGAUGUAGUGAGCAAGGAGGCAAAAAGCAAACUGAGGCGACGCGGUUAGACAGAGUUUAAUGCGGCGUGGUUGACGACAAGCACUGAUGUAGCAGUGUCGCAGCAGUCGGCGUGGCUCUCCCUCUACCUCCGGUCCACUGUGCCUCACUGCACGACCUCGGACAACGGGUCAACACAGAGCCACGAGGGAAAACGCAGCACAAACCUCAUCACGGACAGCUUACUCCAGACUCCUGACUUAGUAGCACGGUACUAAAACCUUUCCUGUAAAGGAAGGGGAAAGGGAAGAGAAACUCCCUGCCCGGCAUCCUCAUUCAUCUUGAGCAGGAGACGUUUGCCUCAGAAAUUUCUCUGCACAGGAGAGAACACCUCCACUUGGGUCGGUGGAGGUGUUGAGGUGCUAUCUCCCCAUUCAUCCCCUUUCAUUUUUUGUUAUCUUUAAUAUAUUUUUUUUUCCUGGUUGGGUUGAGUCCGGUUCUGCCGGCCGUGUGACUUUCAAAACUGGGGCGCGAUUCAUGGGAUGCAACCAUGUCGGAUCUCGGUGAGCGCAGGCCGGUCAACACGGACUACGCUGUCUCCCUGCUGGAGCAGCUCAAGUUCUUUUAUGAACAGAAAUUACUGACUGAUGUUGUGUUGCUGGUGGAGGACACCGAGUUCCCGUGUCACAAGAUGGUCCUGGCCACAUGUAGCUCCUAUUUCAGGGCCAUGUUCAUGAGCGGCCUCAGUGAGAGCAAACAGACCCACGUCCACCUGAGGAACGUGGAUCCCGCCACCCUGCAGAUCAUCAUCACGUACGCCUACACAGGAAACCUGGCCAUCAACGACAGCACCGUGGAGCCACUUUACGAGACCGCCUGCUUCCUACAGGUGGAGGACGUUCUGCUGCAGUGCCGGGACUACCUGGUGAAGAAGAUAAACGCUGAGAACUGUGUGCGCAUGCUGAGCAUCGGCGACCUGUUCAGCUGUAGCGAGCUGAAGCAGAGCGCCAAGCGGAUGGUGGAGCACAAGUUCCCCAUGGUCUACCGACAGGAAGCCUUCCUCCAGUUGUCCCACGAGCUGCUGAUAGACGUCCUGAGCAGCGACAACCUCAAUGUGGAGAAGGAGGAGACGGUGCGUGAGGCGGCCAUGCUGUGGCUGGAGUACAACAUGGAGGCACGUUCACAGCACCUGUCCUCCGUGCUCAGCCAGAUCCGCAUCGACGCUCUGUCCGAGGUGACGCAGCGCGCCUGGUUCCAGGGCCUGCCGCCCAACGACAAAUCAGUGGUGGUGCAGGGCCUCUACAAGUCCAUGCCCAAAUUCUUCAAGCCUCGCUUAGGCAUGACCAAGGAGGAGAUGCUGAUCUUCAUGGAGGCCACGUCGGAAACGCAGGGCGAUGGUGGCCACGUCAUGUCCGGCUCCACACACACUGUUGUGUGCUACAGCCCCCAGGCAGAAAAAGUGUACAAGCUGAGCAACCCUCCAGGAGACCUGCAGAAGGUGGGCACCCUUGUCACCCCCGACAACGACGUAUUCAUUGCCGGCGGACAGAUCCCACUGAAGAACUCCAUCACCAAUCACGGCAAGAGCGGCAAGUUACAGGCAGUGUUCCGCUCAGUGGACAGCUUCUUCUGGUUCGAUGCCCAGCAGAACGCCUGGGUGCCCAAGACUCCCAUGCUGUGUGCCCGUAUUAAGCCCUCCUUGGUCUACUGCGAGGGCUACAUCUAUGCAAUCGGGGGUGAUAACGUUGGCGGGGAGCUGAACAAGCGGACGGUGGAGCGAUAUGACUGCGAGAAGGACGAGUGGAGCAUGAUGAGUCCACUGCCCUUUGCCUGGAACUGGAGCACCUCUGUGGUGGCGCACGACUGCAUCUACGUGAUGACGCAUGACCUGAUGUACUGCUACGUGCCCCGCGCUGACACCUGGGUGGAGAUGGCCAUGCGUAAGACCAGCCGCUGCUUUGCCUCCGCGGCUGCCUUCGGGGACCUCAUCUUCUACAUCGGCGGCCUCCACGUUGUCAGUAACUCGGGCAUCCGCCUGCCUACGAGCACCAUCGACGGCUCCUCUGUCACCGUGGAGAUCUAUGACGUCAACAAAAACGAGUGGCGCCUGGCCGCCAACAUCCCCGCCAAGCGUUACUCGGACCCGUGCGUGCGAGCGGUGGUGCUGCUCAACUCGCUGUGUAUUUUCAUGCGAGAAACCCACAUGAACGAGCGGGCCAAGUACGCCAUCUACCAGUAUGACGUGGAGCUGGACCGCUGGUACCUGCGGCAGCCCGUGUCCGAACGAGUGCUGUGGGAUCUGGGCAAGGACUUCCGCUGCGCCGUGGGCAAGCUGUACCCCUCCUGCCUGGAGGAGUCCCCCUGGAAACCCCCGACCUACCUCUUCUCCCCCGACGGGGCGGAGGAGUUCGAGGUGGACGGGGAGCUGGUGUCCCUCCCUCACGUAUAGCUCUUAACACCCCCCUCCCUUCCCCCACCUCGCCGAUUGAACUAUGGAUCUGCAGCGUAGAGGGACGGACACGACGGGGGGUCGAUCAGGACUCUGCGAACUAAAAGGGUUUUGGCGCGUCUGUGUUCGGGCGCGACACAAGGACUUUUGAGUUGCAUCUAAACUGCAGUUCCAGCUGUUGCUGAACGAGGCAGCUCAGACGAGCUCGGAGAGAAAGAGAUGCCCCUCAGAACAUACUAGUAAUCUGAAAAAAAUCUGUUUUUGGUUGUUUUUUUGUUUUGUUUUGUUUUUUGUUUGUUUUUUCUUAUUUUGUCAAUUGUGACACCUGUUAGAUAAGUCUGUCAUACUGUUUCUACAAUGUGAUAAUCUAAACGUCAACUGAUUUUGUGAUGAUGAUGAGGAUGAUGAUGAUGCACUUACUGGUUUAAAAAAAACCUCCUUGGAAUGACAAUGGCAACUGUACCAAAAUCCCCCAGCCCCCCUCUGAUCCUGGCUCCCCUCUCUCCCCUCCCUCUCCUCUUUUUCUCUCACCACUGUUAGGAACUAGAUACAUCUCUUUUCUUUUUUCUUUCUUUUUUUUUUUUUUUUUUUUUGGUUUAAGGGCCGUGUAGGACAAGAGGAACAGGGGCUGUGAGUUGGGAGGGCCGGUGGUGGUCGUGGUGGAGGGGGUGCGAACAGGGAGGCAGGACAGAGGCAGAGAGGUUUUAAAGAGGUGGCUGCAGGUCCGGUCACCUAGCCCGCUCCUGUCCCGUACCUCCCUGUCCCGGCACCUCCGCCCCGACUCCACCAGCGCCUCCGCAGCCCACCUGUUAGUCUCUUCGCACACAGGUCAUCCACACAGCUGGCAGUUUACAGCUCUAUCCAUCUUCACACCAUCAUGGUUCAACUUUUCUUUUCUGUUUUCGGUUUUGUUUUGCCGGCUCUACUUUGAUUUUUUUAUUUUUUUUUUAUGUCUACUUCUUUCCACGCGGGUCUCUGCUACAACAACAACAACAACAACUACUCAACUCCACUCAGUACAACCUUAGGUUCUGGGCUCAUGCAUUUUUUUUAUUUCCAAGCUGCUGAAAUAUAUAUAAAUAUAAAAAUAUAUAUUUUUCAUAUGUUUAAAAGACAACUGUUUUAGUGUGGGGAAAAUAACCAGGUCUAUUUUGUAUUAGUGUCUUUUUUUAUUUAAUAUCAGACAUUACUGUAGUGUGAUUGUGGGUAGAUAUCCAUUUUCCUAUUGGAUUUAAUUUUCUUUUGAGUGAAUAUUGAGGAAUCUUGCUGCUGAUUGGGUCUGAGAGGAGAGGGCUGGCCCAGGGCUGUUGCUAUGGAAAUCGUCCCAGCAACCACUAGCAGUAGUGGAGAGGGUGGGUCAGGGAGGGAUGGGGUCUUCCUCCUACCUUAAAAAAACAUGAGCACAGGUGCUUCAUGACAAACCUUACUAGCAUGUUUGGCUGCAUCAUAUUCCUUUGGCACUGUAUUUUGAAUGAACGUUAAUUUAUUAAAAAACAUACCAAAAACGUUCCUGAAAA